AUUGGCUAAGAAGCCGGAAGUGAUUUCCCCGUGCUGUCAACAAAACAUGGCUGUAGUGUUGAGGUGACUCGACUGCUCUUUUUAGGACGCGCUCAAGGAGAAACCCGAACUUGCAUUGCAUAUUUCAGCGGUUAGCCUUCGCCGAGGAAAUGUGCAUCCCUGUUUAAUGCAAGGCUCGUUUCGUUUAAAUACCGAAUAAUGCUAAACCUUACAAGGGCUAGCAUAGCCCUAAACGAGUUCGGGCGGAGUUUCCUGGCAGAAAAACGCUUUUCUGUUGUAAAAAGUAUCCAUCGUGCAUUAGUGUGUGCACAGCAUGGCGACGAUCGUGGCAACAGUGAGGUUUAUGAUGUUAUUAUAUCCGGGGGAGGGAUGGUUGGAUCUGCAAUGGCAUGUUCCCUCGGCAUGGAUCCCAACUUGUCAGAGAAGAAGAUCCUUCUCCUAGAAGCAGGAAACAAGAAAGUAAUGGAGACUGCUCCUGACAGCUACAGUACCAGAGUCAGCUCCAUCAGUCCAGGCUCUGCUACACUCCUCACUGGCAUUGGUGCAUGGGAGCAUAUCACACAAUUGAGGUACAAGCCUUAUAAAAAGAUGCAGGUUUGGGAUGCCUGCUCCGAUGCCCUGAUCACAUUCGAUAAGGAUAAUCUGGAGGAGGUGAUGGCCUACAUCGUGGAGAACGACGUGGUCGUGGCUGCACUCACCAAACAGCUGGACAGUCUGUCUGAGAACGUGCAAGUCAAGUACAGGUCCAAAGUGAUCAAGUACACAUGGCCGACGCCGCACCAGACGCUACGCUCCAUCCCGUGGGUGCAGGUCACGUUGGCCAGCGGGGAAACGCUCCACACCAAGUUACUUAUUGGAGCAGAUGGACCCAACUCUAUGGUGAGGCGGGAAUUAGGCAUCCCCACAGUCAAGUGGAAUUACGACCAAUCGGCUGUGGUUGCUGUGCUGCAUCUAUCAGAGCCCACAGAGAACAAUGUCGCAUGGCAGAGGUUCCUCCCAACAGGACCCAUUGCAAUGUUACCGCUGUCAAACACCGCAAGCUCUCUCGUGUGGUCAACCAGUCAUCACCUGGCCGAGGAGCUCCUGUUGCUGGAUGACGAAUGCUUUGUCGACGCAAUCAACUCUGCCUUUUGGAGUAACGAAAAUCAGUCGGAGCUGGUCGAGACGGCCGGGUCUCUCUUCCGGAGCGCCCUCGCCACCAUCAUGCCCUCUGCGGGUUCGCCUCGCCAGCUGCCCCCGAGUGUGGCGAGCAUCGGGCCCAAAUCUCGCGUCAUGUUCCCUCUCGGCAUGGGCCACGCAUCGGAGUACAUUAGGCACAGAGUUGCGCUCAUUGGGGACGCAGCCCAUCGUGUCCAUCCUCUCGCCGGUCAGGGAGCCAACCUGGGUUUCGGGGAUGUGGCUUGCCUCACACAGCUACUGAGCCAGGCCGCCUUUAACGGGAAGGACCUGGGAGCAAUGCAGCACCUGUUAGAAUACGAAAGUGAGCGCCAGCGGCACAACCUGCCCAUGAUGGCCGCCAUCGACCUCAUGAAGCGCCUCUAUUCCACCAAUACUGCUCCCGUGGUUCUCCUCCGGACCUUCGGACUGCAGGCUACCAACAUGCUCCCAACACUAAAAGAGCAGAUCAUGGCGUUUGCAAGCAAGUGAGCCCGUCAGCCGUCAAAGGAUCUGUUACAUCUUUGCAUUUGCAAUUUAUUUCCAUUUGUGAGUGUAUAAAAAUGUUGGAUGGUAACUAAAUUUAAUAAAGAUAUAUUUUUUUCUUC